AUGUUUCUCUACCAACUGAUCAACUUCUUCUUCGCAGCUUCCAAAAAGGAGGAGGACUCGAAAUAUGACCUUUCCCUUUAUAAGCGCGGUGAUCUAUUAGAAGUCCCCAGGACACUGUUCACCCAUUUUGGUAUCUACCUUGGCGACAACCGUGUGGCCCAUCUCAUUCCGGACAUCCUGCCUGCGAUCUCCAAGAAUAAAUCUGCAAUUGCCAAGAUGGUAACAAAUAACCGGUUGCUGCUUGGGGUUAUCUCGAAGGUUGCCAGCGUCAGAGUGGACUCUGUGGCGGAUUUCGCUUAUGGCUCAGAGAUUCUGAUCAACCACAUGGACAAAGUGUGCAGCCAGCCUGCGUUGGAUGGGGAUGAGGUGGCUCGAAGGGCUGAGAAACUCCUGGGCUCCGUCACCUACAGUUUACUGUGGUACAACUGUGAACACUACGUUAUGUACUGCAGAUAUGGCAUGGCUAUCAGCUACCAGACAUACCAGUUCUGCACAACGGUUAGGAAGAUCGUCUGCAGCAGGUUGACUGCCUAUCUGACUGCGCUAUGCGGUGUAGGAACCAUGCUGUAUCUGGGCUGCGUGACGCCGCUGAUGGUUUUACCAACACUGCUCAUCUCAUUCACCAUCUGGAUGGCAGCCUAAAGGCCUCAUGAGUAAAGACUCAAGUAACAAACUGGUGGACAGUGAAAUUACGCCCUGUGUAUUAGCUGGGUGACUAAAGGUACUGGGAAACAAAUGUGUUCACAGUGAUGAAAUGUCAUAAGUGCAUGAGUUACACACAUUUAGUUUGACCUGUUGUUGAUUUUUUUUAUUUUUAUUUAAAGAUGUUUUAUCUUUCUGUGCCUUGAUGGGAUUUUCUUCUUGAUGCUGUUAUAAAACCCCUUUUUUUCUGUUAGAUGUCUAAUUUUGUCUGUUAUUCAUCAUUAAUGUUCACCAGACUCUGAUAUUCAACAUCAAUCUCAUUCAACAGCAGCAGCUCAUGGUUUAUAAAUGACCUCUGACUCAGCACAGUGGCAAACUCCUGAGGGUUGAGAUAAAGCUCGACGAAGACUUUACCUAUGAUAUAUAUUAGCCUAUAGUGAUGAUAUAUGUAUACUGUAUGUAGCCUAAAGCUUAUAGGAAUGUCACAACUUGUAUAUACCUUAGGAUCAUUUAAAAAGUCAUCAGUGUGAUACUACACUCACAUCAUGCUGUAGCUUAAACGUUGGCUUGGACAAAGUGCAAUAAGCUUCUUAUGUAAUAUUUCUUUGAUGGAUCAUAUUGGCAAUUGUUAUAUAUGUUGUUGUCAGUCCAUUAAACAUGUAUUUC